GUUGGCAGCACUGCGCACAAAAUGUAAACAGGAAAAAAAAUCGAGAAAAAUACAAACAAUACAGACAAAAGUAAGAAGCGCGUGAAGAAAAAGAUAAAAUUUGGCAUAAGCGAAGCAAAACAACGCAACGAAAUUAUUAAAUAUUAGGGUAACGCGAAAGCAACGCAACGCACACUCCUCGGACAUGUCCAAUGAGCAUGUGGAGACGGAGACGGGCAACGGCAAUAAAGUGCAACAAGAAACAGAAACAGAAAUUGAAACCGAACACGAGCCCGAGCCCAUGAUAAUGCCAGUCUCUAAAGGUAUAAUGAUAACACCGCCACCACCAGUGAUGCCACCAACACCGACUUCCUCACCCAACACACACGGCGAGUGGCCUAAUCUAAAUCCAAGUGCGAAUGCAUUCCAGCUGAGUAGAGAUAGAGGCGGGGAGCGAGAACAUUUUGCUUUACCGCACCUGCCGCCGCUGCCGUUGAACGUGGACUACUUGCCGAGUCUACUACAUCCAAGCACACUGCCCUCCAGCAGCAAGAGUUACAAGAUGAUGCGCUGUCGCUUGAAGCGCUCCAAGUACUGCAACUACAGCAACAUACUGACGGAGUCGAACAACCGAAAGCUGCGCACUGCCGCCUCCACCUGCAACAUUGAGCUUCUCAACCGCAUACUAGAGUCUGGCUGCAAUCCCAAUGCCGCCGAUGAAUACAACCGCAGUCCCCUGCAUCUGGCCGCCUGCCGUGGAUAUAUACCCAUUGUCCAACAGCUGUUGCAAUUUGGUGCCAACCCCAACGUCGUCGAUUCGCUGGGUAACACGCCGCUCCACUUGGCCGUCAUAUCCGCCAGCUCCAAUAACUUUAAUGUGGUUGUGCGUGUGCUGCUCCAAGGCGGCGCCAGUGUACACAUGUAUGAUCGCAGCGGUAAGUCACCUCUGGAGUUAGCCGAGGCCAAGCUGCGGCUGCUUCGUAAUCGCUAUGAUCAUCCCACACCCGAGACCGCCAAGAUACUGGAGGACAUGUGCAUGCUCACCACACUCAUCUUGCGCUACAUGGUCAAGCAGCAGCGGGAACUGGAGGAUCUAUCAGCACUAGAAAAGCGGCUGCAGAACCUCAGCACCACCGAUGACCAGGAGCAGGUGGUGUCUCAGACCGCUGAUGAGCUGCUCGCCAGCGUUGAGCGUCUGUCCAUUAACAACAAAUAAAUACGCAGAUCGUUUAACUUGCGGUUUAUUUUACGUUUCCUAAUUUGGCUGCCGUUGAGUUCGGGUUGGACUUGUGUGAGGAUACGCUCUGGAGUACAGACACAUGGCCACCGCUCACACCCACACACAUACACACACACACACACACACAGAAAGAAACUAAUAAAUUCUUUCAUGCGAUCUUCUUCAUUAAGUAUUUCAUUUAAGUUUUCGUUGUUAAUUUCAGACACACAAACCAACACGUUUAAAUUUUAAGCUUUACGUUUAGCGCUUUAGAUCCAUUGGCGCAUCGCCAAAAACAAAGUAAAUAAUUAAUAUAACAAAGCUGCAAUUGCAAUUGCACACAAUUUAAUAUCUACUAAAAUUAUGCAUACGUUUAACUAAAAA